GCUGAAUUCUUGAAUUUUCUAGGCUGAGUUAUGUAUCAAGGAUCUUCAGAUCUAUUUUUGGGAUGCCCAAAAAUAUUUUCUAUGAGGGAUUGAGUACUUUACACAAUCGUUACUAACUAGAGUUGGUUCUCUUCUUCAAGGAAUUCAAAAUUGCUAUUUUUUAUGAUCACCAGAUCUGGCAUGAGACAGAAUAUGAAGAGAAAGCCGCUUCUUUACAAGAACGAGGGCAUUAUCUCUGUAAGUUUUAUCCUUGAAACAAAUUGUAAUGUCAACUCUUCAUUAUUUAACCCAAAUCAGUGCUAAAGUAACUGAUAAUGGUUGAACCUUGACCUAUGAUAAACAAUGGAGCAGUUUUAAGAUUCGAAGACUCAAAGCUAAAGAUUUAGGAGAGAACACAAUUGUUAUUAAUGAUAAGAAGAAUAUUACUGUUGAAUUUGAGCAGGGCUUCUUCGAUAGCUCAGAAGUCACAAAUACUGAUUAUGUUGUAAAAAUAACAUCCUCAUGUUUGGAAGCUCAUCCCGUUAACUUCAUAUAGCUUUUCUCCCUUGUAUUCUAAUUCUGAUACAAUUUCUUUAAUAUUUGUUGACGAAAGCUAGAAUGUGAUUAAUUCAACAUCAAAAGUGUUUAAGUUAUCAAUACCGAGUAACAAAUUAAGCUCUGCUGGUACAGAAGUAUGAGGAAACUAUAAGUUUAGUUAUCCUUCUAAAGGGGUUCAAAGCACUUAUGUUAAUCAUUCAGUGGACAUCUUGCCUCAAACAUCAUUUUCUGAUUGCUCAGGCUGUCAGUAGCAAAUCUUCUAAUCAUGAGCUCAAAGACGUUUGGGACUUUUGUGCAAAAGGCAGAAUUCAGUCAGAUUCAGAGAUAUAAAAUACAAGGAAUGUGGUACAAAGAUAUCUUUAAUUUGUUACAAGGUUAUAUGCUUUUUUGGGUACUCCUCCUUUUUAUUAGCCUUAAUCUUAAUC